AUGAAACAAUUACAAAAUAAUCUCAAACUUUUAAUCCAUUCUGGGCCAGAACCAUAUAAUUUUUAUAUAGUAAAUAUCACAAUAAAGAAUCAAACAUUAUUGGUCUGUAGAACUCUUUGUUCCAAAAAUCAGAAUGCUAUUGAGGCUCAGCUUGUUGUUCAGUCAAAUUUAAAAAAGAAUCAAAAGGAGAUACUCUUCAAAUAUGAGAAUGAAUGUCAUGAAUUUUCAUUAGUUGUUCCAAUAUCAAAAGAUAAACAAGUUCUUAUUAGUUGUAAAAAUAAUCCAUCAAAAGAUUAUUUUAAUUAUUAUCAUGUUUCAACUAGGUAUAAAGAGCAAGGCAAGAAUUUUGAAAAGUGUGCUAUACAUGAAGCAAAAGAAGAGACUGAUUUACCAAAUAAGAAUGAUGGGUGGUUUUUUGUUGAUCUUAAAGAUUUAACUAAAUAUAAAUUAACUGAUUCUUUGGUCCUAUAUUUACCAACAAUAACUGAGCUUGUUAACAAAAAGUUCAGAAAUAUGAAUCGUAGCAAGAAACGUAAAAUAGAAUUAGUAAUACCAGAAAAAAUUUUAGAUAUUAAAACCAAGAUUGGUAGUCAACCUAUUAUGCCAAAUGAAAUUACUUUUCCAUCAUCUUCUA